UCCCUAGCUGUGACUUCCUCCUCUGGGAGCCACAGCCAGCGCUGUGCUGGCAGGGACUGCACACCCAGCAGCACCAGCACAGACCUCCCUGCCUGGACCCACCUGGGAACACCAAAAUGGAGAAGAGAUUCUGGGUGCAGCUCUCUCUGGCCCUCAUUCUCCUCUUCCUGCAUCUGGGCUCUGCUGUGUCUGCAGAAAACCCUCCCAGCUGCUAUGGAGCCCCAGGGCUGCCAGGCAUGCCAGGUUUGCCAGGCAGGGAUGGCCGGGAUGGGCUGAAGGGAGCCAAAGGGGAACCAGGUAUCCCAGCUUUUUCUACACAGCUGGGGCCCAAGGGCAUGCCAGGGCUACCAGGAAUCCCUGGCCCCACAGGCAAGCCUGGCCCCCGUGGGGUCCCUGGUGCAAGGGGAAUCCCUGGGAUCCCAGGCGUUGCUGGGCCCCCAGGACUGCCAGGCAGCUUCAAGCAGAAGCAGCAGUCAGCAUUCUCAGUGACCAGGCAGACCAGCCAGUACCCCCUGAAGAACGUCCCUGUGGUUUUCAACCACGUCAUCACCAACACCAACGACGACUACGACACCACCACGGGCAAGUUCACCUGCAGGCUCCCCGGGCUCUACUACUUCGCCUUCCACAGCUCCCACACAGCCAACCUGUGCGUCAUCCUGCUCAAAAACCAGAGGAAGAUGGCCAGCUUCUGUGACCACAAGACCAACAGCAUGCAGGUCAGCUCGGGGGGCACGCUGCUGCACCUGGCUGCUGCCGACGAGGUGUGGCUGGGGGUCAACGACUACAACGGCAUGGUGGGCAUUGCCAGCUCUGACAGCAUCUUCUCAGGCUUCCUGCUCUUCCCAGACUAGAGCACCAGCACACCCUGAGCUCCUCUCGCUGCCCUGAGCACACUGCUCAUUGCUGGGCUCCUGCUGAUGCUCCCAGUUUCUCUGCAGGGAGGGCAUCCAGCCCAGCAGCCAGACCCACCCUGCUCUGGGGGCUGAGCACUGGCAGCUGGGCACAUCUGGAUGUAUCUGCAGCCAGAGUGAUGGUGCUGAGCUCCUGGUCCUGCUGGCAGUGCCCCCUGCUAACCCCACAUUUCCUCACAGGUCUCUCUGUGUUUUUCUCCUCCUGUCUGGGCUGCCUCAGGUUCAGCUCAGUGUCCUGGCACAAUCCCUGUGCCAUGACCUGGCUGUGGAAAGUGUCAAUAAAACCUUCCCCAGUGCA